AUGCCCCUCCAGCAGCAGUUGCAGCAGCUGAUCUUGGGGCUCCAGCUGCUAUGUGAACUUUCCCCCUUUUGCCCCGCUCUGUCGUCUUCGGCGUCUGGCAGCGCUCACACCAAGCCCGCUGCAGGUGUCACGUCGGCCAGCGGGGCAGUGGAAGCCGCAACUCAAGGCCAACAUAAAACGUUGCCGCCGCGAGCCCGCGUCUACGGAAAUCCAUUAGGCCACCUGCCACCGGCAUGCGAGUGGCUUUACCCCUUUUCUUCCCGUGGAGCCGCCUCAGGCGCACGGCUAGAUCAAGGUAGCGGCACAGAAACGGAGUGCAUAGGACAUGGCGGCGCUGCUUCACUACUGCAGCGCCUCCCUCCUGCGGCGAGCUCCGGAUGCUGCAGCUGCUGCUGCGGAUGCACCUUUGAGGCUGAGCAUCGCUGUGAAGCGCGAUCCUCUGCGUCGUCUUCUGAAUCUGAUAAGAUCCACAGGAGAGCUGAGCCAUCACCCAUGCUGGAAGGGCACCAGGGAAUACGCAUCCACCACUGCCACGGAGGACGCAGCGGCGCGACAGAAAGAACGUCAAAUGCACGGUUCCAAGCUCCCGCGGGCCCUGAUCGCAGAUGCAGCGGCACUACCGGCGGCGUGAAAGGGCCAACUGGCAACGGCUGCGCAGUAGCAGAGGAAAGCACAGACAGCGUCGAACCAGUGACCACUGGCGCGGUAGGGAAACAGAAACGAGGGCGGUACAGAACGGCGGCUGUUGUCGCUGCAGAGGAAGGUGACGCCACAGAUAUCUAUAAAAAGCCCCGGCCAUCAGUAACAUCAAGACGCGUACUCCUCCAAAAGCAGCAGCAGCACAUUCAGGAGAGCGGCGCCGCCGCGGACGGCGACGAUGAGCCAACCCGGGCAGCCUGCAGCUUGUCCGACGCUAACACGCUCUUUUCCCGGUUCAGCAGCAAGAGUCCUACCGAGAGCAGCGCCGCGACGACAUAUCAGUUGGGACAAACACAGGAAAGUGUUGACGACGCUUCCAGAGAACAACGCAUGCAGAACUUGAAGACACCCACAGCAGCACGCAGUCCGCCUUCGGCGAGUUUGAAACGCCUUGCCGUGGGAGCCAUGUGUGCAGAUACGUAUGGACUUACGCGACAAAAUGGUCUGGAGCCGGGUGUCCAUUCGAGUUCUCAUGGGAAUUUGACUGCGUGCAAGGCCACCGCGAGUGACGCCCGGGGUCCAGCUAAAGAGGAAUUAUCGCAGAACACGCAAACCGCGUCGCGGCGAAGUGAGGCGGCUGCUCCUCAUUUGCAGAAGAACGAGUCGACUAGUUCACAUGGGAACGCGCCACUCUCAUGCAAGCCCACAACAGCUUCCAGUGGAUCGGCAGCUCCUCCAGUGAGGACCACACGACACAACAAGACCAAGCAACCAGGAGUCUUUCAGUUCACAAGAGGCAUCAAGCGCUUCUGGGCCGCCAGCUGGUACGCUGACGGGCACCCGGGAUGGAAAGCGUUUUCCGUGGAAAAGUGGGGGAAUACGGAAGCUCUCAAACGAGCCAAAAAAGCGUACGAAGAAAAAGUGCCGCACGGCGCGGCGAUGCUCAAUACUCUUGACUUUGGUGCAGCCGACGACAUGGCGAGCGAUGACACGCCAUCCCUGCCUGUUACAGGCACUGGAUCUGGCAAGGAUAGCAACCGAACUGGGAGCGGUAGCAGUCUGAGCGUCGGCAGCUCGCAACAGCGACAAAGGUGUGACAACGGCGGGGAAGCGCAGCGCUCGCAAGACCGGGGUCUCACACAGCAGCAAGUUAACGGCGCAACGCGCACGGGCAACACUCGGAAGAAGCAGCAGCCAAGCCAGGCUGGGGAUGGACCCGCUGAGUCGCCUCCCCUCUCUUUGGAGUCCGGUACCAUCGAAUACCGCAGUACUCCUGCUGGAUUCAGCAGCAGUAGCAGCAGUAGCAUCUUCAGUUGCACCACUGGGCAGCACAUGGGAGAUGGCGUCGAGACGACACAGAAGCAACAUCAGAUCGAGCGAGAGGAUUUUCUGCAGCCGAUCUGGGACGAUCUGGAUAGUGCGGAUACUGGGAAUUCUGGGACUGGCGGUGUGUUUACCUUGGGAGGCGCUUCAGGAGGCUGCGCCACAUCCUCCUGCUACGACACUAGUAGCAGCAGUGGAUUCCUUCGGGGAAAAUUCAGCUACAGUUCAAAGACAGCCGCCACAGAGCUCUCUGUUGGCUAUGAAGAUCCCAUAAGCGAAGGGCAACGACACGUUUUUUUCGAGCACCCGCGUGCACAUCAUGAUACAGAGCUGGGCCGGCAUGGCUGUGACGAGCCGGGAAUACACGAGGAUGAUCACGGGUUACUGAGCCCUUCGCAGUUCUUUCUAGGUUCUGAUAACGAUGAUAUCACAGGCCGGCUACUGCUCUCCGGACCCGACACUGGCGCGCUGUCAAUCUCUCGUUAG